ACUGAAUGGUGGCGUUUCUGGGUUUGCGUUUCUGGCGCGCUUUGUGUUGCCACUUGUCCGUCGGUUGUAAACAAAUCCGUUGCUAUUUUGAACCGCGCCGGAAGUGUUUUUUACGUGCGGUAGAUCCUGGCCAGACGUUGUGCAAGUUAUGUGCGGUUUUACGUGACCCUCGCCGAUAACGCCCGUGAACACGACAAUGGAUAUCGAAUCGCGACACAGCGAGCUGCGCCAGCGGCUGGACCAUCUCGGUUUCGGCCACCCGUUACCGUUGAGUGCAAUCGGGAUUGUGUCGGCGAUCCUGGACGACCUCAUCCAAACGGCCGAAAAGCUGAAAGCCGCAAACCACCAGAUCGAACAGCUCUAUCAGGAGAAAGCCGCCUGGGAGCUGGGCGUAGAGCCGUACAAGUGCGACAACUCGCGGCUGCUGGCCGAAUGUAACGAGCUGCACCUGGAGCUGAUCAAGCAGCAGGACAAACACAUCCUGGCGAACACGGAGCUGCGAUCACGGGUACGAUCGCUGCAGGCGGAAAAGAAGGUGCUGGAGGAGAAAUGUCUGCAGGCCGAGGGCAGGGUGCGUGAGCUGCAGGCAAACGGUGGCGCUACUGGCAGCAGCAGUGACUGUGCCAAAUCGCGCAAGGAUUCCGUCAAUAAACAAAGGAAACCGUUCAUUUCGACGGUUCGUGGCGGUGGCACGUAUCCUGCCUCGAGUUGCUGCGAACAGCAACAGAAGUCGGCGCACCCCGGACAAGUGGGAACGUCCGGCAUGGGUGAAAUGCGGUGCCGGUGUCCGUGCAAUCAAGUGAAACAAGUGGACGCAGUGCACGAGGUGGAACGGUUGAAGGUGGAAACGCUAAAUCAGCAGGGAGUCAUCGAUGCGCUUCAGAAACAGAUUAAUUUUCGUGAUCGAGAAAUCCAACGUUUGGGUGCCCUCUUUUCUGGUGGUCGACCAGCGGAAGCCCUGGCAAAAGACUGCUGCUACCGUGGUGUGGAUGUACUUGGUCAGGAUGUGGACACGUUACAGCAGGAGAAGCUUUCCCUUCAGCGAAAACUCGACGAAGCACAAACGGCGCACGAGCGGAUGAGUCGGAAACUGGGCAAAAUGUCGGAAAAGAACCAACAGCUGGAGAAGGAGUUGCGUGAAAUGGAAAACGUCGCGCUGAAGGUGGAAUCGGAAGCGAAUCUAAACAUCCUCGAGCAAAGCCGGCAAAACUCGGAUUUGCAAGCGAAAUUGCAACAGUGGCAGAUGCGGGUGAAGGAGCUAGAAUCAUUGCUAGAAUUGUGUUCAGGAACGAGCAGGGUACAGCUGCAAACUGACAGUUCUACCACUUCCUCUUCGUGUCCCAGUGUUGCCCCUCUAGACACGGCACUGCACAAUGCACUGAAACAGGCGACGGAGGAAAAGCGUCAGCUUUACAAACAGUUGAACGAGCUGAAGGAUCGUGAGCAUAGCCUUAGAAGCGAUCACGAAAAGGUGAAAGCCAAAUACACGAAACUGAAGCAAAAGUACUCCAUCCUGGAAGCUACCCAAUCUCGAACAAACGUGGUGACUGACAUUGAGAGCCAAGCGGAGCUACGCUCGCUCAAGGAUCAGUGCGAGGACCUAGAGAUGAAGCUGCGGAAGGUGAAAGAGGAACGUGACCGCUACAAUUCCGAGUCGGAGCGACAGCAGCGCCUACUGAAAGAAUUAAAGCGCGAAAGCUCGGACAAGGAGCUGGAACUAACGCAGCUAAAAAGCGAGUUGCAGCUCCAACGAAAAUUGGUCAAAUCCUCAUCAUCUAAUGUCGCGCUGUGUAGCGGCAGAAUCAAGACGGCCGAUUCCAUAGCUUCCGGUCAAUCCUCCCUGUCGGUCCAGGCGGCCAUUCACCGUAUCGAGCGCGAGCGUGACGAGUCCAAGUGUGAAGUUCAACGGCUUGAACAGGAGCGGGAUGCAUUGCGCGAUAAAUUGAAGCUCUCGACGCGCAGUCAGCGCGAGGAAAUGGCGAAGCAUGAAAACCUCAUCCUCGGCUAUAGCGCACAGGUGGCCAAACUCGAAGGUGAAAAGCGUGAUCUACUGCUAAGCAAGUCAUCCUCCCAAACGAAGUUACAGCUUAUUAAAGAGGAAAACCGAGAGCUACAGGAUCGACUGAAAGAGCAGGAGGAUAGCUACCAUAAGCUGAAAGUUUCCUACUCGCAGCUGAAGAUACUCCAAGAGCAAACCGAACGUUCGCUCACGCAGCAUCAGAAUCGGUUAAUGUCUUCCGAAACGCAGCUGGGUACAACGGAAGCCAAACUUCACCGGGUGGACAGUGCAGUCGAGGAUGUGCAGAAGGAGAUGGGUAGCUUGCGCGGCGAGAUCAGCGUUUUGAAGGCCUCCAAUGUAGCGCUCGAGCGCGAAAAGGAUCAACUGCUGAUCGAGUUGGAUAAGAAAACGGAAAAGUUAUUCGCUAUUGAGUCAGAAAUGGCGUCAUUGAAAGCGAAGCGAAACGAACUGCAGUCGACGAUUGACAGAAUGCAGCACAAGCUUGAGAAUGUUAGCACGGACAACAUCCAGAAGGAAAGCACCCUGCGAAGCGUUUCUACCGAAACGGAUACGCUAAAGAAGCAGCUUUCAACCCUCAAGCGCAGCAACGACAACGCUUCGACGGAAAAUGGCCGGCUAUCGAACGAGCUGACGGAUGCACUGGCCGAGCUGACCAUGACGAAGCGGAAGCUUAAGGACUCGCAGCAGGAAGUCGAAGGCAUGAAGUCGCAAUUACGGGAAUACGUUCAGGAAAUUCGUCGUGCCGAAGAGUUAUUGCUAGCUAAGGAACGAGAACGGGAAGAUAUUCUGAAACAGUACAAAUCGCUUUCCGAGGGCGCCAACACAUUGGAGGCAAGCAAUCAAACGCUGGAAAUGGAGAGCAUGGAAGCCAAAAAAUUACUCCAGGAAGCGGAAGAUCGCAUAAGCGGGCUGGAGGAGCUGGUGACGAUUCGCGAGCAGGACAUCAGGGAGUGCGAGCGGCAGAUAAACGAGCUGUCGGCCCAACUGGCGGCGGCCGAGUCCGAGCUCGAGGCGUUGCGAGACAAUAACCAUGCGCUCUCGCUGGACCUGGAAGCAACGAAGGAACUGUGCAGCAAGUUGGACCUCCAGAAGGACAAGCUGAGUGAGGAGCUGCAGGAGCAUUCCAACAUCCGUGAGCAGCUGGCCCGGGAAAAGGAAACGAUGCAGAAGGAGCUUUCGCUGGCUCGCACCGGCGACCGGGCUGCGGUGAAAGGAUUGCAGGAGCUGCUAGCGGCCAGUAGAGCCGAGGUGGAGCAACAGCGAAUAGUAUUGGCGCAGCGUGAACAGGAACGCGAUAAACUGGUAACGGAAACGGAUGCACUGCGGGCAAGGUUGGCGGAGCAGCAGGAGGCCGUUCGGCGCAGCGAGGCACUUGCUAGCGAGUACAGUGUUCAGCUGCAAGAGCUGCGACGCAAACUGACGGAUGAUCGAUUUGCUCUCAUUCGCUCCCGGAACGCCGACCCGUCCGACAUUGAACCGUCCGAGGUCGACGUGGAAGAUGACGAUGAUGAGCAAAACAGGUACUCAACAAUGUAACAAGGGAAUUAGAUUCGGGAGGGAUCCUGCUUCUUAACUGCCACUUUUAACAUUCCAUUCUCUCUCGUGUUUGUGUGUGCGUGUAUGUUUUAUCGAAAUAUUGUAACUAGAAUAAGGCGGUACUUAGAGAUAGCGAAUAAAGCGAACAAUCACGGUGGAAACCAUUACCUUUCGAACCCAAAUCCGGUACGACAGGAAAUCCCGAA